AUGAAAGUCGCGGGCACACACAACCUCGAAACAACACCAAAGAAGACUGUCUCAGGUGCAAACGGCGACUCGCUUCGGCAUAGCUGCACCCUCUGUGUUGAGCUCUCGGACCUGCUGAAGCCCGCCAUUGCUACUCUUGAGAGCAGUUUGGGAACUGCCUUGGACAGAGCACGCGCGGAGGUGAACAACCAGCUCACCGGUGAGAAGCUUGCGGAGCUUCAGGGUAGCAUGGACCAGUUCACAGCGCCGCUGCAAGAGUUCACGGAGUCGAUGCAUGGACUCUUUGGGCCUUUCGUGGAGCAAGACCUGCUCCAGCAGAUUGAAGACGGGCUGCGGCUGUAUGGGCCCCUCGCAGUUUGUUUUUUUGCAGCAGUCGCUGGCUUGCUGGCAUGUUGCGGCAUGUGCUCGAUGUGCUGCUGGUGCCGUAUUCAACGCGGAGCUGUGCAGGCCAAAGCCCACCGCUGCGCAUGCUGCACAUGGUGCUGUGGAUGCUACUACAUUUGGGUUACUUUCCUGGUUGGCGGCACCCUCCUUCUGGUCUCAGUUCCUCUGGCAAGUUUCUGCUUGAUCCUCGACGACUUCAGCGGACAGACUCUGCAGGACAUGUCCGGGGCACUUGGCCUGGACAUGACAGGCCCGCAAACAGCGAUCAUGCUGAAAAUGGUUGAUCAAUGCUUCCAAAAGCCGGGGACGAGUUCCUCAAAUGCAGCCCUUUUGGACAUCAUCACCGUGGAGUCCAACGGUACAACACAGACAAUGAGGCAGCAAGUGGUGGGCGGAGUCACCGACCAGAUCAGCGCACAGUUCAAUGGCCUCACUAGUGGCAAUGCGACCCAGAUCCGCUCAGAUGAAAACGUCCAGAAACUCCUGCAAACAAUCCAGAACUUCAGUAUGGACGUCAUGAUGCUCCCGGACCUUCCCGCAGUUGCACAGGAGGACCCAUACAAGAACAUGAACUUGAAUCAAACUUUGGCGAAGUUCUUUGCAUCCUCUGGAGCCUGCGACGACUUCGAAUGGGAUGGUCGAUCCACUUUUGGCCGGCCGCUCAUAUUCCGUGAAGCGACUUCGUUUCCGCAUUUCUUUAUGCAUGUCGGAUUUAGGUUCGUUGGUCUGCCCUAG